UAUUUACGCGAAAGCAGAAAUGCAGAGGCAAAGGCAAACGAGCGAAGAGGCCGAUCGAGGAAAAUUAGGAAAACGUAUAGGCGUAGCCUUGUCGGCUCUGUGUACACAGAUAACACAGCGAGGCCAAGCCACGAGGUGGUUUCGCGGAGCAGCCCGGCAAGUAACGCAAGCAGUUCCGGUCAGCAGCCGAUCACUAGUCACGUGGCAGCUCCCGUGCCUAUACCUCAGCAUCACCACCACCAUCAUCAUCAUCAUCGCCAUCAACGGCAGCAGCAGCAGCGGCGGCGGCAGCAACAGUUGCGAUCAGCCGAAGCACAGCUGCAGCAACAGCAACCGUCGGCCGGCCCGGCGCAAAUGGGUAUCUCGACGGCGGACGAGGUGCGAGCAGAGGAGGAGGCCGCGCAGCCGCGGGCGGCCCCCACCAGCCCUGAAAGCGAGGCCGAUGUCGACGACUUUGCACCCAAACGCAAACAGCGCAGAUACCGCACCACCUUCACUAGCUUCCAGCUGGAGGAGCUCGAGAAAGCUUUCUCUAGAACCCACUACCCUGACGUUUUCACAAGAGAGGAGCUCGCCAUGAAGAUUGGUCUGACAGAAGCCCGCAUACAGGUGUGGUUCCAGAACCGGCGGGCCAAGUGGCGCAAACAGGAGAAGGUGGGCCCGCAGGGUCAUCCUUACAACCCGUACCUCGGCGUGGGCGUGGGUGCGCCGGUGGGCGCCGGAGUGGCCUCAGCCUCGGUGGUGGCGCCCGCGCUGCCCAGCCCGUUCGCCCACCUGGCGAGCUUCCCGCUGCGAAAGCCCUUCGAGGCGUUUCGCUACCCGGGCGCCUUGUCACCGGCAGCCCACCUGCCGGCCCACCUGCCCGCGCCUGCGGGCUACGCGCCACCGCCUCACCUGCCGGCCUAUCAUCACCACCGUGCUCCGCCGGGCCUGCUGCCCGCAGGCGUGCCGCUGCCCUACGGGCCCGCGGCUUCCUUCCAGAGCCUACUAGCCAACAUCAGCGCCCAGGCCCAACAGCACCAGCAACAGCAGCAGCAGCAGCUCCAACAGCAGCAGCAGCAGCAGCAGCAGCAGCAGUUGCAGCGCCAGUCGCCGGUCGCCGGUCCUGCGAGGCCCAAGCUCGAGCGUAGCCCGCCUCCACCCGCGGUCUCACCGGCCGCCCGACAGGGGCCCUCGUCCCCGGGCGCGCCCUCGCCCCCGGUUCCGGCGCCGACCGCAUUGGCACAGCCUCUCGACAUGGACCGACGCACCAACAGCAUCGCCUCUCUCAGGCUCAAGGCGCGCGAGUACGAGCUCCACCUGGAGAUGCUGCGCAAGAGCGGCGACCUCAUCAGCUGAAUCGCCGGUCCUGCGCGCUCGCUUUGCCCCGCCCCCGUUCCGCCCGCUGCCACGCCCUACUCCUACUCCACCGGCGCGCCGCUCGGCAACCGCGCUCCCGUGUAGUGGCCAGCAGUAUCUGCGUUCAAGCACUCGAGCCGGCCUGCGGCUAGCGCGCUCGCUCGUUCAGGGACGACUUGUUUCGCGGUCUGCCUUCGUGUCUCGCGGGCCCACCCGUUCGCGCGGCGUCAGCUGCCUCCGCCUCGUCUGCGCGCGUUGUUUCAUCAAUCGUCCCAUUUGUCACGGACAAAUCGCGCGCAUUCAUCGAGUGCUGGCGCAGGCUGAGGCAGAGGGAGAACAGGUGUCUUCACUUCAGCCGUCCUUUGCUACAGUUCUGCUCGUCAUUUUGUAGCGGAGGAUAAUGCAAGCGAUCAACGUUGCCCUCCACCGUACAAAGCGUGUCAUGCAGUUAACGCGCAUACUCUUCGUAGUCUAUUCUAUAUCUUCGACUGUCCCGUCGGAAAAUCAUUAAACGCUUGUGCAAUACUGUUGUUUAGAAGCAAAAUGCUUAUCGUCUCUCGAUAUCACGUAAAAAUAUCCAUAAGAGCUGAUUAUGUGCAGAUCGACGUGUGUUUUAUUUCAUUGUGGCAAUGAAUGUAACGCUCACCCUGCGUAACCUGUUAGUUCGCGCUUGCAAAUAAUUACAAUGAACAGACUUCGUUCAUUGCUAAUGUAAAAAAGAUUAUUAGCAAUUUCAUUUCAUGCGCGUUGCACAUCGAGUGUACUCAUGGGUGAUUCUUUUUUCGAAUUUUGACGGUGCUGUCAAAUUUAAACGAAUAUUACAUAUAUCAAAUGAAUUAUCUAUGAACUACGAUAUGUGCCUUUUCGUGUGUAGUUUUAAGGAUAUUAUUUUAUAUAUAUACGGACAUGCGAUUGCUCAACAAUUAUCAUAUCAAACGGUUCUCCGAAGGAACCGGUACUUUCAAAUGUACUUAUGCAUUCAAAAGAAAGUACAAAUUAAUAACAUUUGAACAAUUACAAAGUAUGUAAGCAUCGUGAAGCGCGUAAUCGCGGAUGAGCGACCUGUGAUUUACAUAAGUGACCCUUAUAAUGUACUACGGUCCGUCCAUUCGAUUGCGAUAAUCCAUCUUUAUGCUUAUAUUUUAUAAAAAAAUCACUAAAAAUAUUUUUAGCUUGGCAUUGGAAAAAAAGUGAUAGAUUGUAAUUAAAAUUUUGAAGUUGAAUAUGCUCAUUAUUCAUUGAUUUGCAAUCAUUAAGAUUUAUAAUAUUUUUUAUUUAAAUUAAAAAAAUUGGUUAUACGUCUCAUGUGCAAAAUUACAUUGUUAACAUAAUAAUCGCUACGUUCUCGGCGUAAAAGAAAUCCUUUUUUUCUCCAUCUAUAGUCGGGUUCCAAAUUCUAGCUAAAUUAUUUUCAAUUUGUAAUAGUAACAUGUCAUUGUGAAUAUUUGAUGAGAACAUGAUUUGGUAAGAUGAAGUCGAAGUCGUGAUUCUUAUUUCUAGCUGGAUUUUUAAAUGAAGCCGAAAAAAGAGAAAACGAGUUUACUUAAUUAAUAUAAAAUAUCCUACAUAGGGAUAGUAAUAAUAUUGUGUAUGAACAUAAAAGAAAAUGUAUUUAUGCCAAGAAUGUAUUAUGAAGAUAUAAUGUAGUAUUGUAUUAUUGCUAUACGAUUAAAUUUUUUAUUUAAGAUUACGAAAAAUGUAUGUAUAUAGGCCGUUUUACAUACAUAUAUCUAAUGGUAGCUAAUGCUAUAAUUAUUAUAUUUUUUAUCAAGAAUCUUUUUUAUUUAAAGUUUCGGUAUAUGUAUAAGAUUAUAAAAAGCAUCUGCAUCAACAUUGUAGACACGGUAAUGUUUAGGAAAAGUAAUUCUUCUAUCUCUGCACUUAUUAUAAGCUAUGUAGUCUUUUCUAUCCAUUUCCACAUUCAUAAUUUUAAUUUAGUUAAAUAAAAAGAUAUAAAAUUAUUUCUUCAUACUUUUUGUACAUAUUUAAAUUAAAUCACAUAAGGUAAUUAUGG